UCUUUCUCACUCUCAGUCGCUCACUUUCCUUCUUACCUGUCAUGCACCCCAACCUAUAACCACCACCAGCCAUGACCCACCACCGCCGCUCCACCUGUCACCGCCACCCCACCACCCCAAUCACCGGCUUCUGCGCCCCUUGCCUCAGCGAACGCCUCGCCGGCCUCGACUCCUCCGCCGCAGGCCCUGCUCCCCAAACAGCCCAGACCGCGCAUUCCAAGCUCCGCCGCAGUAAAUCAUGCUGCGGGACCCGACCCGAGUCGUCGUCCUACCCGCCGGAGCCUCCGCGCCGGAAGUCGUGCGACGUCAGGAACCGUAACACCCUCUCGGAGCUUUUCAACAUCGACGACGACCGCAAAGGCGUGCCCAGAAAGCUAGAGAUCAAGUCGAGCAGGCUAGGCUUGGAGCUGAAAGAAGCGCCGCCGCCGGCGGAGGCGGAGGAGCAGAAUGGGGAAGAAGCUAGGGUUUCGGACGCGGAGUUCAAGACGAUGAAGGAGCUGAUAGAUCUCGAGCUGCAGAGGAAGAAGGGUAACGUUCGAGAUUUGAGAGAAAUCGCAGGGGCAGUUUGGGAAAGUGCCUCGAACAAAGUGAGGCAAUGGCGGCGGAAGCAGAAAGUCAAGAAGCUCCAAAGCGAGACUUUCGGGUCGGAGAAGCGAAAGGGGAGGCGAGGAUUGAGGGAGACCCAAUCGGAGGUGGGGGAGUACGCAUUGGGCCGGAGAUCCUGCGAUACGGAUCUGGAUCCGGGUCGGAUGUCGCUGGAUGAGCCUCGGGCUUCGUGGGACGGGUACUUGAGCACCAGAGCUUACCCGAGGAUGACUCCGAUGGUUGCGGUGGUGGAGGAUGUGAGAAUGAGUGAGGAGGAGAGCUUGGAGAGGAGCCCGGGAGGGUCGGCGCAGACUAAGGACUACUACUUUUCGCAGGCGAGGCGGCGGCGGAGCUUUGAGAGGCCGACUUCAUGUGAUCAUAGCAAAGCCGAGGUGGAUGAGCUGAAGCUGGUGUCUAGUGGCGCCACGGAGUUGUUCUAUGGGGCGAAGGUGCUGAUUACGGAGAAGGAGCUGAUGGAGUCCAGCUCUUCGAAUUCAAAGUCUGUGGAGGAGGACGGCGCGGCGGUUGGCAAUGUAGGUGUCUGUGGAAAUGCAGGAGGUGUUUCGUCGAAUGGGGAUGAUCAGAAGUCGGGGAAAUGGCACAAGAGGUGGAAGUUUUGGGGUUUGAAGCAGAGGAAAAGCCAGCCGAAAAAUGGGGGUGAUCAAGAGGAGUCUUGGAAGAAGCUGAGGAGGGUUGCUAAUGGAGAAGCCAAUGCCUCUGUGAGCCAGAAGCUGAUCCGGAGCUACAGUGUGAGCUGCAAAAACUCCUGCAAGAUGGUUGGCUUGUUUAGUAAUGUGAGCACUGUGGAGGGCAAAGGGAAUGGCUUGAAGACGCUGCAGAGGAACCGGAGCGCGCGAUACUCACCGAGCAAUCUUGAUCACGGCCUCUUGAGGUUUUACUUGACGCCAUUGAGGAGCUACAGGAGGAAUGAAUCGUGGAAAAGCAGGCUGCCAAACAACCAUUCCCCGCAGACUCUAUCCAAGAAUGUACUGUAGUAAAGGUGCAUCACCAUGCCUAUGGUCCAUGGAUAUCAUGAUGAUCGGGUCAUGUUGUAAAGACAUAUAUAAUUGCAUUUCUUGUUCUUUUGAGAGCAUAUCUCUCCCUAACAUGUCUUUCCCUAAGUCCUAACAUUGCCAAUAAUCAGAAAACUGCUACCCUUUUUCUAUUUGAUGACUAAUCUGUCUGUAAUCAAGAUAUC